AAAUUUCCCAGGAAAUUCCGAGGAACCCAUAAUUCCGAGGGAAUUCCGACGGAAUUCCUGAAUCCCUCGGAAUUCCGUCGGAAUUCUGGUAAACCGGUUCGUAAACCGAAAAUUCCGACAGAAUUCCGAGGGUUUCAUUUUCCGUCGGAAUUUUCGGGGUAAAACCAGAUCUGCGGAUCUUCUUCCCCAUUUCUCUCUUUUCUCUCUUUUCCCUUGGCGAUUUCCGGCUCCUCCUCCUCUCCCUUGGCGAUUUCCGGCUCCUCCUCCUCUCCCUCUUGAUAUUCGGGCUCCCCCUCCACCCCCACUCCCCUAAUCUCUCCCUCCUCCAUGGAUUCUAGUGACCAGAGUGCGAGGGCUCGAUCUCGUCGGGCCCCACCGCGAGGCCGCGCUACUUCGACGACCCCUUCGGAUUCUCGGGUUUCGUCUAGCCGGUCUCGGGGUUCGUCAUCCUCAUCGCAGAGCCCCCGUCCCGCUAUGGUUCAGCAUGCGGCUCCUUCUCCCGCUGCGGCCCCUCAUCUUCCUCACGACUUCCCAGACAUUCCCGAGCCUCAUGUCGCUCCAGGAGUGAUGACUGUUGCACAGCUGGUGCAACAGCCAGGUCGUGACCAUCUCCCUUAUCUCACUCUGUAUCCUAGGGAACCCGGUCAGACUUGGUUCGACCGAUCCCAUAACGGGAUCAGCGCUUGGAUCAACAGGAUGAUGUAUUCCGACCUCAAGAAGGGAUACGCAACCUUCACAGUGAUGCCGAGGGAUGAGCAGGAGCUCUGGUUUCGUCAGUUUGCUCAAGAGUUCAACUGGCAUCCGGAUAACACGACGUUCAUCCGCAACGCCUUCAUCCACAAAUGUAUGGAUUCAUAUUCCGGGCAAAUAUAUGAAUGGAAGCAGAAGUGGCUAGCGGAUAAGGUCCCAAAGUGGAUCAACAUGACCACUUGGGAGGAGUUGUGUGUCCAUUGGGACAAGGACUCGACGAAGCAGGUCUCUAACACCAACUCCGCCAACCGCAAGAGCGAUCGUGGCGGGAAGGGCAUGUACAAGCACAAUUUGGGUGCUCAGUCUAUUCCCACUCUCGCAGACAAGAUGGCGCAAGAAAAUGAAGGUGAGCCCGUGGGUGAUUUCCCUUUGUACAAGAGGAUCCACACCAACAAGACCACGGGCCAGAUUGAUGACGGUCUUGCGCAGGAGGUUGUCUCCCUGGUGGACAGUAUGACACAAGACGAGGAGGCCCGUCUCUCCCAGAUCCAGGCCGAUCUCGAUCUUGACGCCACAUCUACUGAGUCCACUGCCCUCUCUCAAGUCCGAAUCAACGAGCUUCUUGAAUCGGCGAUUCCAAAGAAGAAGGGACGUUUGGUCGGUUUGGGUCGUCGAUCCAAAUCGGUUCCUCCUACGUCUCAGGUGCCAGUUGAUCCUACUCUGAUGGAUCAACUGAAGGAUAAGGAUGAACGCAUCCGUCAGUUGGAGGAGAAGAUGGCGGCUCAAGAGAGAGCUAGAGAGGCAGACAGGAGGCGGAGUGAGAAGAUGAUGGCGGCCUUCAUGAGGCAAUUCCCGGACCAGAACUUCGACGUCGACGAGGACGAGUAGUUCUAACUUUAAUUUAUGUUUUAAACUUUAUUUUUAUUUUCUGUUUUGUAUGAAUAUUACUUUUGAACUAUUUAUAUUAUGUUUUUUAUUUUAAUUUUCAAUUUAAUAAUUAAUUUUCGAAUUUAAUAA